AUGCAUGCUAGAUUUGCCUGUGCUCAAGGGUUAAUUCUCCGAAAGAAAAUUCUGGAUUCCAUUCACCACGCCCACGCUCCUCUUCUGGCCGUGUUCUCGGUCCUUCACACGCCCAGCACACACUAUACUGGAACCAGAUCCGCUGCCUUACGGCAGCCUGCCGUGCGCUCGUCGAUCUUCAAACCAACGCGCAACGGAGGAAAAAGCAGCGGGAAAGGCUGCCUGUUUUGGCGCCAGAUACAGAGAGACAGUGACAAAAGGAACCAACGGACAGGGCAAAAAGCACCAAAUACAGAGAGACAGCGACGAAGGAAACCAACCAACAGACAAGGCAAAAAGCUGAGAAGCAAAGAUGGAGGAAGAUGCGACCAACGGAUCAAACAUAUUGAAGACAAAAUUAAUAUAUGCAUUGGUCCUUCUAAUGCUGAAAAGAAUGCAACUCAGGUUGAUAUUGUUGUACCAAAUGAUACAUUGAGUAAUGCACAAUUAAAGAAAAAAGAGGUCCGCAUAAGAAGUUCAAAGAGACAAAAAUUUGGGUGGGAAGGAAAGCACAAGGGGAGGAAAAAAGGACAAAGCAAAAAUAUAUUGCAUGUACAAGCACCGAAGGUAUAUCAAAAUUCUGAACAAGCACAAGAGGUAAAGGAAACAAGCAAUCCAGCAAGUAUUGACAUUCAGUUCCAUAAAGAAUAUAACACCAUCAAUUCUUUCACUCAACUGUUGACUGGAGCAAGCAGUGAUGAUCUAAAAACUGAAAAUUUCUUUGAGCUGUGAAGCAAGUCAAUGCUAUUUUGUAGUUUAUUGUUGUAUCUUGUUAUUGCUAACUGCAAGGUAGAUGGAGUGUUCAGUGAAAACAAUAUCAAGUGGAUCAAUACUUGUAUUCACUUUCUUUCAUAUCCAGUUUAAACAAU